AGUAAGUAAUAAUUGAGAUUUUAGUAGUUUAGAUAGAAUUGUCGGUUUUUUCAUUAAUUUUCAAUUAUUUAUAUUGAACAAAAAUAUGAAAGAGGAAUAAUAAAAUUAAAAAAAACAAAAAGAAAUCAUUUAUUAUGUAAAAUAAACCUUGCGAUUGGAUUUGUGUUGAAUGCAGAAACUUGAAUUAUUCAUUUAGAAAGAUUUGUAAUAGAUGUCAGUAGUGCACAAGAGAUACGCCAGGAACUCGAUUUAUUCCAAACAAAAUUGAUUAGGGAUUAUAAAUACUUGAAACUAUAAAGCUUUAAGAAAUAGAUAUGGGAGGGAGUAGUCAUAGUUCAACAGAUAGUAAUGAUGAUGAUGAAGAUGGAUUAUUUUCUCAAGCCUUAUUUCUUGAAGAUUUAUCAAAAAACUCCUCAAGUGUUAAAAAAUCAUUCUCUUUCUUGAAAAAAUGUUAAGUUUGCUGCAAUUAGAAUUACUUUUACUAAUAAAAAUGUAGUCAUUGUGGCUAUUCUUCAUUUAUUUGAUU